CUCGCAAGGAAAUAUCAAAGUCAGCUUGGCGCGACUUCGCACUAAACACGUCUACAAAUUCUCCUUUCUGUCAGUUGAAUACGGUGAACGGCAUGGAAGCAAAGUUUCUCUCGGCGGUGAUCAUUUUGAUUACUUUCUUGUUCGCUGACGGCAAAGAAGGUCCAUCAGUAAUUGCAAGCACUCCAACUUCUCUAAAUACAGCCAGCGGUGAAAUUGGACACUUUACUUGUACCCUGAUACACAAUCUUUCAUCUGCCGCUGAGAUCACGUGGAAGAAAGAAGGGCACACUCUGAGAGAUGGUAGCUCCGGCAUAGUGAUAAUAUUCUGGCACAACCGUACCAUCUUGGAAAGUCAUCUUCUCGUUGCGGUCACUGAUGAUGGCAGGAGAGGUAUUUACACGUGUGAUGUGGACACUAAAGAUGGACAAUUAUCACGAAAAUCCUUUAUGAUACAAGGCCAAGAAGCGAAGAAGCUGAGUGACGUCGAUUACACUGCUAUUGGCGUGGCGAUUGGAAUCUCUCUCUGUCUUUCUAUGGUGAUCUUGGUUUUCUUGGUCCGGGGCCGAACACGUCUUCGAGAAGGAAAGUUAAGAACAAUGACAACAAUAUCUCGUUCAGUAAAUGGGCAUGAUAAUGCUGCAGUCGAAGAAGGAGAGAAGACAAGUGAUGGAGUCGCUCUCAAUGCUCUAACUAAUCACAGCACUUGUGAGGACUCUAGGUUGUAAAGCUUGCCUUUUAGAAAGUCGCCUGUCAGCAUUGUCUGCAUCGACUUACUUAUCCCCGCUUGCUCCCUUACAGCUGGCACCAGACUUUUUAAGUAUUUUCUUAAGACGCAUGAUGUAUAAUUCUACUUGAGGGUCUUUACAGCCCGACAAGUACGCCGGCAUGCAAAGGUAGAGGGGUUCAUGUCCGAGCUAAUGAAAACUUUGAGAUUAUUUCAUGGAGAGGAGCAAGUUAGAGUAAAAAGGGCCGGCCUUUUCAUCCUAUCGUCCCUUGCAAAAAAAAAAAAAAUUAACCGGAAUCUGUACGUUAUGGUUUCAGUUACAAUCAGCUUAUUGAGAGAUGUUCUUCUCCUUGAAUUUUAAAAUUUUCUCAGAAUGCACGCGGAUGUGGGAUUGGACAUAUAGGAUGAAAAGAUAGCCUAGCCUUACGGAUUAAAGAGACGCGCCAUUAAGAGAAAGCAUAAUAAACUUGUCCAAAAAAUAAUGAAAAGGUUCAUCUUUUCCUUCUAGCGCUUCGCUUGUGCAGUUUGACAGAUUCAAACAACAUGUCUUGUUUACAUGGGUAUUACGGUGCUUUAAAACAAUUAAAAUCUACCUGUUAUCAAAGUAAUUAAGUAAAGAAAAAGACAAUUAAAGGAAC